AUGUCUUGGCAGCCUGCCCCGGAGUCCUUGAGGCAGCUUGCCGCUUGUCUCAAGGACUCUCUGAGCGGCUUCGAUAAGAAUGCGCAGAAACAGGCUGAACUUAUGCUCAAACAAGCAAAAGGUUCUCCUGAUAUCAACAACUAUCUCGCCUACAUUCUCUCCAGCCCUGAGCCCCCCGAGGGCGCUGCCUUCUCGCAGUCCGAGUACCAUCUUGUCCGUUCUGCCGCUGGUAUCAUGCUUAAGAACAAUCUCAAAUCGGAUUGGAAGACCAUUCCCGAGUCGAGUCUGCAGCUUAUCAAGCUAGCUAUACCAAUUGCGCUGCAAGACAAGAAUAUCCAAAUUCGCAACUUUGCCGGCAAUGUCGCGACCGAGAUAGUUCAGAAGGGUGGCUUGCUAAGCUGGCCAGACCUUCUUCCCCAACUGAUUGAGACUUUUGGUAAUGUCUCCGGACAAGUCUCGAACGAGGCUCAAGAAGGUGCCAUGUCUGCCAUGUCCAAGAUUUGCGAAGACAACACCCGCAUGCUUACUCGGGAGGUCAAUGGUCAGCGACCCCUCAAUUAUAUCCUCCCCCAGCUCAUUGCUGCCACCAAGAGCCCACUCCCCAAGGUCCGAAUCGGUGCUCUGACAGCUAUCAAUGUCUUUACGCCUCGCGAGUCGCAAGCCAUGAACAACUCCAUCGACGAUCUUCUGCAGCACCUGUUCACCCUCGCCAAUGACGAAAGCCCCGACGUUCGCAGACAAGUCUGUCGCUCUUUUGUGUCGCUGGCAGACCGCCGUCCCGAGAAGCUAAUCCCUCACAUGGCUGGCUUGGUUGACUACACGAUCCGUCAGCAAAGAAGUGACGACGAAGAACUCUCCUGCGAAGCCGCUGAGUUCUGGCUUACAGUCGGCGAGCACGACGACCUUUGGCAACAUCUUCGACCCUACAUCGAACAAAUUAUUCCUCUACUUCUCGAGUACAUGGUAUACAGCGGUGAAGACAUUGCCCUCCUCGGCGGUCAGUCUGAUGAUGAAGAUGAGGAAGACAGAGUGGAAGACAUCAAGCCCGCCUUCGCCAAGAAAAAUUUGACUCGUGCACUUAAUGGCGAAGGUACAAUGACCCCCGACUCUAGCAAAGAUGGGUACAAUUCUGUGCCGGGAAUGGAGAAUGACCUGGAAGACGGAGAAAUCGACGACGACGACGACGACGAUGGCGAUGACAACCCCGACCAGCGUUGGACUGUUCGCAAGUGCUCUGCAGCUGCGCUCGACGUCUUUGCUCGAAAUUUCGGGGCCCCCGUCUUCGAAUUUAUUCUGCCUUAUCUGGAACAAAAUCUUAGGCACCAGGACUGGCCCCAGCGUGAAGCUGCUGUAUUGGCCCUCGGCGCCGUUGCCGAGGGCUGCGAGAGCGCUAUUCUACCCCAUCUGCCGAUGUUGGUGCCGUAUCUCAUUUCGCUGUUGACGGAUCCCGAACCGGUGAUACGGACUAUUACCUGCUGGACUCUUGGCCGCUAUUCUGGCUGGGCAGCGAAUUUACCGGAUGCGGAACGAGAGCAGUUUUUCCUACCUUUGAUGGAUGGCAUGUUACAGAAGAUGCUCGAUCGCAACAAGAAGGUGCAAGAAGCCGGCGCUUCGGCGUUUGCGAACGUUGAGGAGCGCGCUGGUAAGGCUUUGAUUCCUUUCACAGAACCCAUUGUCAAGCAAUUCGUCAUUUGCUUCCAGAGAUACAAGGAUCGCAACAUGUACAUCUUGUAUGACUGUGUGCAGACUCUUGCAGAGCAAGUUGGCCCAACACUUGCUACGCCCCACAUCGCAAAGCAGCUGUUGGAUGCACUCUUGGCACGCUAUAACAUGAUGAACGACGAGUCUCGCGAAAUGUUCCCGCUGCUCGAGUGUCUAUCCUACGUCGCUCUAGCUAUGGACACGGCGUUUGCUCCGUACGCUGGCCCCAUUUUCCAGCGUUGUAUCAACAUUAUUCACAACAACCUCGAACAAUCACUGGCCUCUGUGACCAAUACCUCGAUUGACGCUCCGGAUAAGGAUUUUUUGAUUACAGCUUUGGAUCUUCUUAGCGCGAUCAUUCAAGCUCUGAGUCCGGAGCAGGCUUCUCAACUAGUCAGCAACUCACCGCAGCCCGUGUUUGAGCUGCUGAGCUUUUGUAUGGAAGACCCCACAGAUGAGGUGCGCCAGUCCGCCUAUGCUCUACUUGGUGAUUGUGCCAGAUUCCUCUUUCCACUUUUGGAGCCACAUUUGCCCAAGCUUUUACCUUUUCUUGUCAAACAGCUUGACAUGGAUGAGGUUUUGGAUGAAGCAAUUGAAACUGGCUUUGGGGUCGUCAACAACGCAUGCUGGUCUGCUGGUGAAAUCGCCGUGCGUUAUGGAGACGGCAUGAAGCCUUUUGUGCAAGAUCUCAUGACCAAAUUUGUUGAAAUGAUGGGAAACCCACGCGUGCCGCGCGGGUUAGUCGAGAACGCGGCGACGGCUCUGGGAAGGCUCGGUCAGAACAAUGCCCACAUCAUGGCCCACGGGCUAGGAAACUAUGCUGCUUUGUACCUCGGAGCGAUGGAAGACGUCGUAACGAUGGAUGAGAAAGCUUCAGCAAUGAAGGGAUUCACUGCCAUUGUUCGCGAGAAUCCGCUGGCCAUGGAGCCAGUACUACUCGAGUACUUUAGCACGAUUGCCAAUUACAAUAUGGACUUGCAGAAUCCUUUGAAGCAGCAACUUCAAGCUGCCUUUCAAGACAUUAUCAACAUUUACAAAGCAAAUAUUCCUCAGUUCGAUAGGUUCAUCGGCCAGCUCAAUGCCGCCUCCCAGGAGAAGCUCAGAGCAAGUUACACCCUCUAA